ACUUCAGGGAGGGGCACAGCCAGUUGUAGCUGGAGGCGGGGCAAAGGCUGAGCUCAGGAAAUUGAAACUAACCCUGUUCCCCAGCCUGGAGGAGCCAUGGCCGCAGCGAGCCCUGUAAAAAGCCUGCAGGAGGAAGCGACGUGUCCCCUCUGCCUGGAGUAUUUCAGGGACCCGGUGAUCACAGCCUGCGGGCACAAUUUCUGCCGCGUUUGCCUCAGAAGGUGCUGGGAGGGACCCGGCCCAGCUCCCUCCUGCCCGCAGUGCAGGGCCUCUGUGCAGCAGGGCCCCCUCCGGCCCAACAGGCAGCUGGCAAACAUGGUAGAACUAGUCAAACAGCUGAGUUUGCAGGCAGUGAAGGGGGCGUGCAAGGGUGGGGUGUGUCAGGAGCAUCAGGAGGUGCUGAAGCUGUUCUGCGAGGAGGAUCAAGCCCCCAUCUGCGUGGUCUGCGACAGGUCCCGGGCUCACCGCGCGCACACGGUGCUGCCCAUAGCGGAGGCUGCCCAGGAAUACAAGGGGAAAUGCCAGGCCCAUUUGAAGACUCUGAGGGAGGAGAGAGAAAAGCUGCUGGGAUGGAAAGCGACAGCAGAAGGGAAAAGCCAGGAGUAUCUGAAACAGACACAAGCCGAGAGGCAGAAGAUUGUGGCCGAGUUUCAGCAGCUGCGACAGUUCCUGGAGGAACAAGAGCGACUCCUGCUGGCCCAGCUGAAGAAGCUGGAUGAGGAGAUUGGGAGGCUCCAGACUGACACUGUCAGGAAACUCUCUGCUCAGAUUUCCCAUCUCAGUGAGCAGAUCGGUGAGCUGGAGGGGACGUGUCAGAAGCCAGCGAGUGAAUUCCUGCAGGACAUGAGAAGCACCUUGAGCAGGUGUGAGACGGGGCCAUUCCAGCCGCCAGAGGAGAUUUCUCCUGAACUGGGCGAGCGAGUCAGGGGUUUCUCCCAGAAAACGACUGUGCUGUCGGAGACGCUGAGGCAGUUUGCAGACACUCUGCCCUCUGCACUGGAGAGAGCAAGAGGAAAAUCCUUGGGAGCUUUCAGACAAGUCACUCCGCCGUCUGCCCUGGGGACACAAGUGGGGGAGCCUUCUGGAGCGCACAGACUGGCGACUGUGACUCUGGAUCCAGACACGGCUCAUCCCAACCUCGUCCUGUCUGAGGAUCGGAAACGUGUGAGACAGGCAGACACAGCACAGACACUGCCCGACAACCUGGAGAGAUUUGACUCUGUGUCCUGUGUGCUGGGCUGUGAGGAAUUCACCUCGGGGAGACAUUGCUGGGAGGCGGAGGUGGGGGAACGCUGGGCCGUGGGGGUGGCCAGAGAGUCUGUGAGCAGGAAGGGAGGGAUCAGCCUGAGCCCUAAGAGUGGGAUCUGGGCUGUGCAGCGGUGGGAGGGUCAAUUCCUGGCUCUCACUGGACGUGGAACCCUCCUGCCCCGGGGCCGGAUCCCCAGCAGGAUCCGGGUUUGUCUGGACUGUGACCAGGGGCAGGUGACAUUUAUCGAUGCUGGUGACGAGGCCCCGAUCUUCACUUUCCCGCCGGGCUCCUUCCCUGGGGAGAGAGUCAGCCCCUGGUUCUGGGUGGGGGCUGGAUCUGGGCUCCGACUGUGUCCCUGAGACACCCAGGAACCUUCUAGCCUCACCUCCCCAGUCUCUAUCACAUCUCUCUGUGCAUUGUCUGUCCUGCCCUUUCUGUGACCCUGGACAUUGCUGCAGGUCUCAGCUCUGGCCAGUCCAGCCCAAGGGAGCAUUGAGUCAGUGAGGCAGAGGACCCAAUCUCAUGCCCCCAGGGACUGUGCAGCCUGUUUGCCACUGUCCUCUGUGGACCAGAGGGACUCUGGGGACCCUGGGUCAGACUGUCACUGAGCUGUGCGGGGAGGGGCAAAAGCCCACUGGGAAGGAAAGAAUAGACUUCGCUAGCCACAGUCUACUGGGGUAUGUCUACACUACAAAGUUAGUUCGAAAUAACAGGAGUUAUUUUGAAUUUACUUUAAUAGCAUCUACACAGGCAAAUCGCUAUUUCGAAAUAAAUUCAAAAU